UUUCAGGGUGAAACCUCAAUGUCUUUGGUUAUGUGCACCAUUGGAGGUAAAUGGAGUUAUUUGAAUGGCAUGUAUUUCAUUCAGUGCUCUAUGAAAGGACAAAUAACAGAUAAACCAUCAACUUCACAAGAUGAAGAUGAUAUGAUUUGGAUAUAUCCUUUAGUACCUACGGUUACCUCCUGCUAUCGCACUGAUUUUGGAGCAUUUAUAUUUCCUGAUUUAGAAGCGGAUAUAGCGGGUUCGGCAUUUGGCAUUAUAUUGGCCACACCAGCCGAAUUGGAUGCAGAACAGUUUGCGGAUUUGCAGCAAUUCUUUUUAGAUCUUUUAGAAGCUGUUUUAGCGGGAGAAAUUGAAGAAUUGCCACAACCCUUAGCUACCCGACCAACAAGAGAUACUAGUCAAGUGGUAUCAAGAAAUAUUGUUACUGCUGCUGACUUCAUUGCUCGAGGUCUGGUAAAAGGAGCCGAGAAAACUGGUGAAUUAAUGAAGAAAAGUACUCCGUAUAUAAUAUCAAAAAUGAAACCGGCUCCUGAAAAUCCACCACCCGUUUCUCAGGGCCUACAGACCACUGUGGAAGUGGCUAAGGGGGUAACGACAGCUGCUGUGGGUGUAACCGGUUGGGUAGCCGGCAAAGUGGGUUCUGCCUCAAUGGCUAUAGGUAGAUUUUUGGCUCCACAUAUACAACAUCAUGGCUCCAAUCUUUUACAAAAGACUUGUGGACUGGAUCAGCAAGAGGCCAAUAGUAAAAUGGAGGGAGCUUUAACCUUAGCUGCUGGUGCUGUUGAGGGUUUUAGCACCGUAGUAGAUGGUCUGGAGAAAUCUGCUGCCAUAUUGGGCAACAAUAUAAGUGAAAAUUCCGUUAAAAUAAUAGAACACAAAUAUGGCUCCCCUGCCGGCUUUGUGGCUGCCGAUACUUUUGACACCUUGGGUAAUGCUUUCAUUGUUAGCCGUAAUGUCAACUAUAUGCUGCCUAAAGGUAUUGCCAAGAAAAUGGUUAAAAAUACCGGUAUUGCGGUAUUUGAUGACUAUAAACAAAACUAUAAAGGGGAACAAUAUGUGGCUGCUGGAGCUCUAUAUCCCGAUUUAAGAAGUCUUAGAGAUAAGGCUGAGGAAAGUUUAGCACUCAAAGAAUAGACUUUAUUGAACUGAAUUUACAAAUUUGAAACUAAUCGAAUCUUUAUGUAGAUAUUAUUUAGUUAAGUUGGAAUUUGUUAUUAUUUUUCAUAAGAUUUUGGCGAUUCUAAAUAUUGCUUUAAUGUUCAUUUAAUUUAGAAUGCGGUAUUAGAUUUUAUUUAUAUAUUUAGCUUUAGUUAUGUCCUCAUAUAUAAAAUAUUCCAUUUUAAUUAAUAAAGUUUUUCAAUACUUCA